AGUUCUUAUUGUUGUGGAUUGUUGAUGCCAUUCUUUUUGUGGAUUGUUGACACCGUUCUUGUCAUAGAAUCAACCUACCAGAUAACACAUCUCAGUGAAUUCAAUUGAUAAAAGACAAGGCCAUCUUCGACUACAGCACUCUAUAAACCCAUCUCAUCAAAUGAUGCCUUGGAUGUUAUAUUGAGGCCAAGGAGGGUAGCCGAGUGUAUUUAUUGCGUGGACGAUGUUUUCACCGAAUCAUUCCAUGCAUAGGACUAUGCUUCUUGAGGCCAUCGAGAAGAGGGAGUUAGGGAAGACUAAGCCGGCCGUCUAUAAACCACCGAGUAAAACAGACUACUCCGAACGAGGGAAAUACGAAAUGUCGAUUGACAAGGAGGAAUUGAAGAAACGGCUGACACCUUUGCAAUACAGUGUCACUCAGGAACACGGCACUGAACAAGCGUUUUCUGGUGAAUAUUACAAACUGAAGGAUGAUGGGCUGUACCAUUGUGUGGCGUGCGACGCUGUGUUGUUUAGAUCGAACGAGAAAUAUGAUUCUGGAUCAGGUUGGCCAUCAUUCUAUGAUUUAGCCGAGAAGGGGUCUGUCAAGCUGCACAGAGACUCAACGCAUGGGAUGGUACGGACAGAGUGCGUCUGUGCAAAGUGCGGGUCUCAUCUAGGUCACGUCUUUGAUGACGGACCAAGCCAGACCGGGAAAAGAUUCUGUAUCAACUCUGCUUCUCUCAAGUUCAACCCCAAGAAGAAGCCAGAAAAAUCAGAUUUAUAGCCGGAAAUUAAAAAAUCAAGACGUUAUUUUUUUAUAUCUGGUUGGCUAACUUUUCAUAAAAACUAAAGACAAAUUUAUGUAGAUAAGAGCAUAAUAAUAACUGUUAUAAUAAUUAUGGUUUGACUUUAAUACAGAAGUGAAUUGGAUUAAGGGUUUUAUUUCAAGGAAGUCUUAAAGUGGAUAAGGAGGGGGGAGUCAAAGACUUUUAUCUGAUGUUUUUAGGGCAUUACAAAGUUUGUAGAUUUUUUUAAGAAGAUCUCCCCGUAUUUAGUUAAUUUCGUUGUGAGAAUCGAUAAUUAACUUUAUGGAAAAACUUGUUUGGGGGGGGGGGGGGGUCUGGGAGUGGUGUGUUUGACAACUUGAAUGAUUUCACAAUAAAAGUAUAUAAAUAUUCCGAGUCAUGGAUCUUCAUUAUUAAAGUUGAUUUAUUUUUCUUCAAACCUCGGCCAUUUUUAAAGUGUUUGAAUUGCCUUAGAACUUCAGUUUGGUGUACUUAAUGUAAAUAUCUCUGCAUUUUUAGGACUCUUUUGUGAUUGAUGACAAUAGGCAUAAAUAAUAUUGAAGUCUUAUAUAGCACACGUAUCUUCCAACAAGGUACUCAAGGCGCUGAGUAUGUACAAACUUUC